UUCAUUCCAACCAAAAAAGUUUCCAACUUUAUUGUGAAUUAUCAGUCUUCUUCACCUCAUUGUUGCCAUCUCGCUCGGAUAUAAAAAGCCUCUAAUCACCCUUUCAUUAUUGCUUUCUUUCGCGCACAAAUAUCUCUUGAGAUAAGAUUUCAUCAGUUGAGGUAUACCAGAGAUGGCGUCCAUGCAAACUAGUUUGGCAUCAGCUGUGUGCAACAACAGAAACUGCACUACUUCAUCGAAAUUUCUCAGCAGCUCCUUCCAGUAUGGAACGGACAUGAAUGGACAGGUUGCAAGUAUAAGAAGAAAGGAAGUCUCCCCUGCUUUCUUUUCAGGCCCCAAAGCUACACUAACUUUUGAUCCCUCCACUACCAACCAAGAAAAAGUUAAGAUGCGGAAGCACACAGUUGAUCCGAAUGCCCCUGAUUUCCUCCCACUUCCAUCCUUCGAGGAUUGCUUCCCUAAAAGCACAAAAGAGUACACGGAAGUCAUUCACGAGCAGUCCGGAACUGUGCUGCACGUCCCAUUCAGGCGUGUCCACCUUUCAGGGGACGAGCCACAUUUCGACACCUAUGACACCAGUGGUCCGCAGAACAUCAGCCCGCGCCUUGGGCUCCCGAAGGUGAGGAAGGAGUGGAUUGACAGAAGAGAAAAGGUGGGCGGGCCACGGUAUACUCAGAUGUACUAUGCUAAGCAGGGAAUCAUCACAGAGGAGAUGGUGUUCUGUGCUGCUCGUGAGAGGAUUGACCCAGAGUUCGUGAGAUCCGAGGUUGCUCGUGGUCGUGCAAUCAUCCCCUCGAACAAGAAGCACCUCGAGUUGGAGCCUAUGAUAGUGGGACGCAACUUCUUGGUGAAGGUGAAUGCCAACAUUGGCAACUCUGCAGUUGUGAGCUCAAUCGAGGAAGAAGUCCACAAGCUUCAGUGGGCAACAAUGUGGGGUGCUGACACCAUCAUGGACCUCUCAACGGGUCGCCACAUCCACGAGACACGUGAGUGGAUCCUACGCAACUCUGCUGUGCCCGUUGGCACCGUGCCUAUCUACCAAGCGCUGGAGAAGGUGAACGGGAUUGCUGAGAACCUCACUUGGGAAGUCUUCAGAGAGACACUGAUUGAGCAAGCUGAGCAGGGUGUUGAUUACUUCACGAUCCACGCUGGCGUCCUGCUCCGUUACAUCCCACUGACAGCUAAGCGGAUGACGGGCAUUGUCUCUCGUGGCGGAUCCAUCCAUGCCAAGUGGUGCCUAGCUUAUCACAAGGAGAAUUUUGCCUAUGAACACUGGGAUGAUAUACUAGACAUUUGUAACCAAUAUGACAUAGCCCUGUCCAUUGGUGAUGGAUUGAGGCCCGGAUCAAUAUACGACGCCAAUGAUACUGCUCAGUUUGCCGAGCUCUUGACUCAAGGCGAAUUGACACGUAGAGCUUGGGAAAAGGAUGUGCAGGUGAUGAACGAAGGGCCCGGACACAUCCCGAUGCACAAGAUCCCCGAGAAUAUGCAGAAGCAAUUGGAAUGGUGUAAUGAAGCACCAUUCUACACUCUUGGCCCUUUGACAACCGAUAUUGCUCCAGGAUACGAUCACAUUACCUCAGCCAUCGGAGCUGCCAACAUAGGGGCUCUUGGAACGGCACUUCUCUGCUACGUGACUCCUAAGGAGCAUCUCGGAUUGCCUAAUCGCGAUGAUGUGAAGGCCGGAGUCAUAGCAUACAAGAUAGCUGCACAUGCUGCUGAUCUGGCGAAGCAGCACCCUCACGCUCAAGCUUGGGAUGAUGCGCUGAGCAAGGCGAGAUUUGAGUUCCGGUGGAUGGAUCAGUUUGCUCUGUCGUUGGACCCGACAACUGCCAUGUCGUUCCACGAUGAAACGCUGCCAUCUGAUGGUGCUAAAGUGGCACACUUCUGCUCAAUGUGUGGGCCUAAGUUCUGCUCAAUGAAGAUAACCGAGGAUGUGAGGAAAUACGCUGAGGAGCAUGGCUAUGGGGAUGCAGAGGAGGCCGUCCUGCACGGUAUGGAAGCCAUGAGUGCUGAGUUCUUAGCUGCCAAGAAAACUGUCAGCGGAGAGCAACACGGCGAGGUUGGAGGUGAAAUUUACUUGCCGGUGGAGUAUGUUAAAUCUAAGACAGCUUAAAGGGGCUUCUUUCACAGAAGAUGCAAUAAACUAGGCACGAUCUAGCACCGAAUCUUGGAGCUAUGAUGCAUGGUUUAGCUAAAUUCAAGAUGCAUUAGGUGAGUAAACUAGUAGCUUCAGCCAUGAAGUGUGUCCUUUUUAUCUCGAUCAUGCUUGUAUAGACAGCAAUAAGAAAUGGUUUCUCUUUUGAUGUUAAAUGCACCCUUUUUUUUUGUCCAUUGAUUGAUGAGAAAACGCACCGGGGGUGUCUGUACCGGGUCCAGCUCGGGCCGUUGAGGCCGGGGCUGGGCCGGGUUCAGGCUGAGAAAGUCCCUUUGAACCUGAACAGGAUAAUGCCUGCGUAGGGAGUGUGCUUUUUUGUGUGUUUUGUGUGGUUGCACAGGGAUGAAGAUCAACUGCACAGUUCCAGCUAUCUCUCUACACCUUCCUUUGUAUGAAGCUUUUCAAGAUGUCUUGUGGUGUGUGUGUGUGUGUGUUGGUUACAACUUAGAGGUUGCUUAUUAGGUUCAACCACGCGCUGUCCGGCCGGAUUCUCGUGUUAUAUCUCGUGUUUCAACGUUUCGGUAAUGUGAUAUAGUAAUUGUUGUUGUAUUUCA